UCUGGACCUGUCACAGCUGGGAAAUAGUGCUUUUCUUGUUUAAAUGUUUGCAUGUGUAUGAACUGACUGGAGUGCAUCAGUCCAGACUAUCACAAACAGAGGAUGGGAGUUAUUCACCUCUCUCUUACGGUAUUAUUCCUCAUUUCCUCUCCUGUGGGAGCCCAGCUUUGGAGUUGGUUCUUUGGAAACCCUAAAACCACCACCAUUCCUCCUUCUGUCACCUUGCCAUUUAUCACCUCACCAAUGCCUUCUGACCCCCAGGGGACAACAUCAGAGAGAAAAGAGGAUGCAGUGUCGGUGAAAGAUGUGGAUGGCACAAAGAAAAAGGGGACUGUGUUGGUUCCUAUGUUAAACACAGAGGUGUUUAACCAUAGCACUGUGGAACGUAGGAAGUUACCUCCAGAGGGAAAUGCAGGCAGAGGUAGCAAAACCAGGUCUCACUACAAACCAUUGAAGCAUUGGAAGAAUGAUCGAGGAUCAGGCAGUCAUCUGGAUCUAAUGGAGUUAGUUGGUGUCCCUCUUCCUCCCUCUGUCUCCUUCAUCCCUGGCCAUGAGGGCUUUCCAGCCUACAACUUUGGACCUGAUGCCAACAUUGGCCGACUCGCUACAACCUUUGUGCCUGGACCCUUCUACCGGGACUUUGCUAUCAUUGCCACGGUGCGUCCAGCCAGCCAGAAAGGAGGUGUCCUCUUUGCCAUCACAGAUGCCCAACAGAAGAUUGUGGAGCUGGGCUUGGCCCUCACCCCAGUUCGUGGGGGCCUACAGAGCAUCUUGCUGUACUACACUGACAGAGAGCGGGCCUCCCACAGCCACAAAGCUGCAUCCUUCAGCGUCCCAGACAUGACUGACCAAUGGACAAGAUUCACUGUGGCGGUGGAGCAUGAUGAGGUACGUCUCUACAUGGACUGUGGAGAGCCCGAGAGAACGGCCUUUCGUCGGAGGUCAGGGAAUCGCUCCUUCUCUCGCAACUCAGGCAUAUUUGUUGCUAAUGCAGGAAGCACAGGGCUCGAUAAGUUUGUGGGCUCCAUUCAGCAGUUAGUCAUAAAGGAUGAUCCCAGAGCAGCUGAGGAGCAGUGUGACGAGGAUGAUCCUUACGCCUCAGGGUUCGCCAGUGGAGAUGAUGCUCUGGAUGACAGGGAGACGGAGGAAGACACAAGGCGGAGUAAAGGAGGGAGACAAUUUAGUACAGUGCCGGGGGAGGGCAGUGUUCCGGUUGGAGCUCCACCCACUGAGGCACCAGAGGUGGAGCUUGAAGAGUAUUCUAGUCACAUGACUCCAACUGUAGCCAAUGAAGAGUUACCCAAUAGAGGGUCACACCGGACAGAAGAACCAGGAGAGCGAUCAGGAGAUGGUCGUGCCAGGCCUGGAUUAAAAGGAGACCGUGGUGAUCCCGGACCACCUGGCCCACCUGGUCCCCCAGGGCCUCCACUGGAGGAGAAGCUUAGACCACAAGGACCACCAGGAACCCCUGGACCACCCGGACUACCAGGGAGAGAUGGACAGAAGGGAUGCAAGGGAGAAAAUGGGGAGGCAGGUCAGAGAGGACUUCAGGGAUUUCCAGGUUUGAAUGGAGAAACUGGAGCUAAAGGAGAGAAGGGAGAUCCAGGAGUUGGUUUACCUGGACCCCCUGGAUCCCCUGGCCUCCCAGGACCUCCUGGACCUCCCAGAUCACGGAGUGUACCUUAUGGACCAGAUGCCCUGGGUUCUGGUUUUGAAGACCUGGAUACUGAUGCAGAACUCAUCAGGGGCCCCCCUGGUCCACCUGGGCCUCCAGGACCUCCUGGUCUCCCUGGACCCAACCUCUCAACAGAACUGCCUACUGUUGAUGCUGGACCACCUGGUGUACCUGGCAGAGAUGGACUGCCUGGCAUAAAUGGACUACCAGGUCCAGCAGGAAAAGAUGGAACUCCAGGCCAACCUGGACCGGUAGGGGAGAAGGGCGACCAAGGGAUGCCUGGGCCACCUGGACCAAAGGGUGAACGUGGGUCUGUGGGUGCAGCAGGAGCUCCUGGGCCCCAAGGUCCUAUGGGUCCACAAGGAAGAAGAGGUCCAGCAGGUCCACCAGGACCUCCUGGUCCAUCAGGACCUCCAGGAACAAAAUUCUUCAUAGAGGAUAUGGAAGGCUCUGGCAAAAAUGAUAUGCUCAUUGGAGCUGGAGUGAAAGGCCCACAGGGACCACCAGGUCUUCCUGGGCUACAGGGACCACCGGGUAAAGAUGGAGCGCCAGGACCUCCAGGGCCCUCUGUGAAAGGUGAACCAGGGGACCCAGGACCAGAGGGUCUUCCUGGGCCUGCUGGAUUACCAGGUACAAGGGGCCCCAAAGGAGAUAAAGGUAGUCCAGGACCCAAGGGUGAUCAAGGGGCUGAUGGACUCAGCAUCCCAGGACCACCUGGACCUCCUGGACCUCCUGGACCUGUUCCUAAUUUACAGGAUCUGCUCCUGAAUUCUACAGAGGGUAUCUUCAACUUUACAGAGAUAAGAGGACCUCCAGGGCCUGUGGGCCCUGAAGGCUUGCCUGGCAGAGCUGGAUUUCCAGGGCCCAGGGGACCAAAGGGGGACAAAGGUCUUCAAGGUAUGGAGGGGCCAGCAGGAAUCAAGGGACAAAAAGGAGAACCAGGGGUGACCAUUGCUGCUGACGGAUCUAUCCUCUCUGCACCAAGAGGCCCUCAGGGGCCCAGAGGCCCAAAGGGUGACCGCGGCUUACCAGGACCUGCUGGACUUAUGGGACCAAUAGGACCACGUGGUGAAAAAGGAGAAUAUGGUUUCCCUGGGCGUGCAGGGCGAUCUGGUUCACCAGGAAGAAAAGGUGACAAAGGAGAUUCUGUUGGCCUGCCGGGACCUCCUGGUCCACCUGGUCUUCCAGGACCUCCAGGAAGAAUUAGUGGACUCAAAGGAACAGUGUUCCCGGUGCGCCCCAGACCGCACUGCAAAAAGGGACGAGAGACACUGAUCAGAGGAGACUCUGUGGACCUGAAAGGAGAAAAGGGAGAUGAGGGAAUGUCUGGUGAGCCUGGGACACCUGCCCCCGGGUUUCCUGAUGGAAUUGAGGGAGCUAAAGGUGAUCUGGGACACAAGGGUGAGAAGGGAGAAAAAGGUGAUGCAGGCCUGAAUGGUUCUCCAGGACUGCCAGGAAAGUCUGGACUUGUGGGUCCAAAAGGUGAUUCCAUCGUCGGUCCUCCAGGUCCAGCAGGUUCACCUGGUCAGCCUGGAGCGCCAGGAUUUGGGCGACCUGGAUCCCGAGGGCCCCCUGGACCUGCUGGGCCCCCAGGACCAGCAGCUGCUUAUACAUCAUCUGCUGGUGUCCCCGGCCCUCCUGGUCCUCCCGGCCCACCAGGAUCUCCAGGUUACACCAACUCGGCGACCACCUACAAGACGAUCCAUGCUCUCACUCGAGAGACGCCACACACUGCUGAGGGUGCCUUGGCAUAUGUUUCUGAGAAGGGAGGAGAGCUGUAUGUUAGAGUACGCAACGGCUGGCGCAAGAUUCCGCUUGGAGAAGUGAUCCAUUUUGGAUCUUCCUCAUCAGAGGAAUCUCAGGCUCUCAGCAGGGCUGGAGACCGGAGUAGACCCUACAGAGUCCACAGCCAGGAGUUGCAGGAAGGAAUAAGAGGAUAUCAACCCAGCUAUAACAUCCUCCCACAUUCCAUCAGCUCUGCACCAGGACUCCAUCUAGUUGCACUAAAUGCUCCGCUCAAAGGCGACAUGCGUGGUAUCCGAGGGGCAGACUUCCAGUGUUACCAGCAGGCACGCUCCAUGGGGCUAACCUCCACCUACAGGGCCUUCCUGUCCUCACACCUCCAGGACCUGGCAACCAUUGUGAGGAAGGCUGACCGCAAUGACUUGCCUGUGAUUAAUCUGAGGGGUGAUGUGUUGUUCAGUAGUUGGAUGUCUAUCUUCUCUGGAAACGGAGGCUUGUUUGACCCGUCCACACCCCUGUACUCCUUUGACGGACGCAACGUGAUGACUGAUUCAGUCUGGCCAGAGAAGCUGAUAUGGCAUGGUUCCAGCACUGUGGGCAUCCGUCUGACCACUAACUACUGCGAGGCGUGGAGGACGGCUGACAUGGCGGUAACGGGCCAAGCUGCACUGCUGCAAACGGGACGACUGCUGGGACAACACGCCCGCUCCUGCUCCAACCACUACAUAGUGCUGUGUAUAGAGAACACAUAUGUGGGGAAUACAUAUCAAAGGAGGACCUGAAGACACACACAAACACACACACACAUUGACACAUGAGCACACAUGGAUGUAUACUGAAGGUAUAAAAUGUGACACAUGAUUGGAGAACUCAUUCAGGCACAUACUUACAUAGAGAAUACUCACACAUUUAAUUAACAUAACAUGCACAUUUAAGUUUUGCUUUCAUAUUUAGUUCCCACCUGAAGCCAGGUGUGAGAUGACAGCUCGUAUUGUUGCCACGCAUCCGUCCCUGUGUAGACGUCAGAUAUUUGCAAUCUCUGCAGGUGUGUACCAGCACAGACUGUCAUCACAUAAAUCAGGGGUUUCACAUCUGAGCUGAGAAAGUUACAGGAACAUACAACUGUUUAUUGCACGACAUGUCAAACCAUUGUCACAGUUUCCAAUUUCCUUAUGUUUGUGUUAUUAGUUUACACACAGCCAUGAAAAAAAAAAAUUAUAUUUUUUUUAAAAUUGGUACAACAUAUCAGUAUUAUGUGCAGAAUGGUUGGGUGUAAACGUUACUGCAAAAUCACAGGUAUAAUCCAAGAAGUCCUUUUUUUUAUUAUCAUUCGUUUUAUGUUUAUGAACCUUAGCAAAUAUAGUAUGUCCCAACAGUUUUGUAGGACUUAGCUGUGUGCUUCAUUAGAGCUAGCUAAUCACAUGAUUCUUCAUCUAAGAUGGUGAUUAUUUUCUCUUUUAGGAUGUUACUAUUUCUAAUGUUGUCAAGAAAACCCAGAUUAAUUCAUUCAUCUCCUGUGGCGCCCUCCUGAAGAUCAAAACUUUAAAUCAAAUCAGUGGAGCACGACAUGAUGCUGUUGUUAGAUUUUUGGAUUUUAACUCAAGUAAAGAAGCAAAUCACCCAGAACAACAACGUGACAACAAUGUAGCUCACUUGGAUUCGUAAGCAAUAAAAAAAAACAGAAAAUAACACAAGCAUAAUGAAAACUGUGGAACACAUGAAGCUAGAUUGUUAUUUUUUUUAGAUGUCUGAUUUGCCAUUUAAGACACUUUGGCACCCUGGACAGAAAAUCACCUGCUUCUACAUUAUCAGCUGAAGAUUGUUUUAAAAAUACAAGCUGUUUUUAGGCUAAUAUGGCAACCUGGCUUUGCUUUCCUUUUAAAAUGGUUGUUAUACUUGCCACAUAAAUCCCCAUUAGUUUCACCAUUAACACAUCUGCUUCUAAGUGUUAGUAUUAGAGUUGAAAUCAGUGUGUGAUUUUCAGUAAUUUAUACCAUAGCAGGACCUAGUGUGAAAUGAUAGCGUGUUCACAUUUUGAUGUUGCUGUAUGGAGUUGGAACAUGUACAUAUGUUGUUGUUGUUCAGAUGUUUUUUACUCUUUAGUGGUAGAUUUUGUAUGCACACUGUAAUGACCGAGGACUUCCUCACCACGCUUUGAUUGAGAUGCUCUGCCUGAAAAGUUGAGUUUUAGUUUUUAAUGUGCAUGUCUGAUUAUGAUAUUUCUGCUCAAACAAAACUUGACUUUCUGAGGAAAAAGAAAGUUCGUACUGACGUACUGGUGCUCACUGAAUAAAGUGUCUUAUUUUGUGAUUUUUAUAAUAAAAAAACAAACAAAAAAACAAGGUGCCUUCUUUAGUGUCUUUUGGUAUCCUCAAGCUGUGUUCAGUCAAAGUUUUGAAAAGUGUUUAAUGAAAGUAGUUUUUAAAUGUGAAGUUGUAAUAGAUUAUCUAUCAGCUAUGUGAGUGGGUCCCAACCUGGGGUCAGGGUGUCCCAUAUUUUCCACUGUGUGCAUUCUCUAAGAAACUGUUUUCAUGGGCAAACCCAUUUGAGGGACUCUCAGUGCCUGCACAUGAACAGACAGAAAUGGACUCCUUCAAAAACCUAACAACCCAUGGCCCCAGAAGUUGAUGCUAACAAAGCACUAACAAAUAUAGGGGUGUAUAAAAUAAUAUAAGCUUUUGGCCCUGAUCCUGGUUCUGUGUUGUGGCAGAGUUGGUGUAAACCCACUCUACAGUCUGAAGCAGGCAAAUUUAUAGAUGCAAUAAACCACAUUCUUCUACUAAAAUUCCCCCCACAAAGUAUCUUUGAAUUUUCAUUCAUUCUCUGUGCUGCUU